AUGACGCAGCGCAAGGGCCUCCGGCGCAAGUAUCCCGCCACCUUUUCUGAGUGGGUGUGCGGAAUCAGUGUCGAGGAUGCUCUUGGCCCUCGAACCCCAGCUCAGCCCCAGCCGCAACGCAAGGUCGUCAGGGUUGAGAUCACCACCGACGACGAGACGGAGGAGGACAGUCUCAAAGUCACGUACCCCCGCACCAGCCGAGCCUCAACGCGCCAAGAGUCGGAUAUCGUCGUCAAAAAGGUCCGCUUCGAGGACACCCCGAAGAAAUCUGCCCUAAAGAAGGCGACCACCAACGCAACCGAAUCUGAUUCCGAUCUGUCCUCAAAGGACGGCGCCGCCGACAGUGAGAGUUCCGACACGGCGCCAGAGAAGACGUCCAACACCAAAAAGAACGGACAGGAUGAAUCGACAUCCGAAGCCGGUUCUGAUACAGAAGGCUCCGCCAAGUGCGCCAAAUGUGCACAACGCCGCAAGAAGGUCGGCGUGAGCACUAAAGACGGAGAGAAGCAAUGCAAGAAACAUGGCAAGCAAGCAAAGUCCAACAAGGACGCAGCCACCGCGGCUAAGGAGAGAAAUGAUGCGUCUGAGGCCGAUGAUGAGGCUUCUGACUCUGGCAAGACGACUGCAGACGAAGCAGACGCCCCUGCGAAGAAAAGUAACGCGAAGAAUAAGCAGCAAGGAAACAAGAAGGGCAGUGGAAAACAGCCACAGGGAAGCGGCGACAAGGGACAAAAAGCUCAAAAGAAACAGGAAUCUCAGCAUGACAAGGCACAGGCGUCCAACGCUACAAAGACUGUGCCCACCAAGAAGCAAAAGAGUUCUGAGAAGAAGGCCGAGGCCGGUAAACAUCGACAUGACAACAAGAAGGGUGACUACCCCGAGGCGUACCUCGCGCCACAUCCCCGUCGUCCGCACCUUAUUGAGCCGAUCCGCGCAGAAGUUGUACAGACCGAGAAAGUGGUCGAGGGCCCUGAGGAUCCUCCGCCAAAUGCCUACUACGAUGCCGAGCACGGCGUCCUGCGUGUCUAUCAUGGACCCGUGUACGGAAACCACUACUCUCAGCCCCUAUACCCACGGCGCGAUGCAUCUGCCCGUCCACUACCCGUUGGCAUGCCCCAUCCCCUGCAUAACCCAUACUAUUAUGGUUUCAACCAGGUGCCGCCUCGAGAGGGUAAUGGCAAUGAGCCUGUAACGCAAGGCAUGCCGAUGCCAGCUUGGGGUGCCGUGUACCCUCCGCAUGGCUAUAUGACGGGUUAUCAAGCCGGUCCGUUUGGGCCGUGGCAGCCUGACAUCAAUGCCCAUAACACGAACGCUGCCAACAACGCCGCUGCCGACGCCAAUGUGACCGGAACAAGGGGCGUCUUUAGUCUGGUGGAGGACAAGAGCGGAACAACGUCGAGCAACUUCAAAGAUAAGGACGGGCAGAACAAUGUCACCCCCGGCAGCAUCAAGGACUUCAAGGGUCACGACAACCCUUAUCUUCCCAAGCGAGACAGGUCAACAUUCAGCACCUACGGCAGUCGAGUCCCAUCCAAUGCCAGCCAUGCCAGUAGGGCGGCUAACGCCAAGGCAGCCGUCCCGCGCAAUGAUGGAACAAACGACACCGGCACCGGCCAGCCUUCUGAGGGCACAUGGGACAACAAUGCACAGAGCCAGGAACAGGGCCAGUGGGGCUCGAACGAGGACCAGAAUCAAGGCUGGGACUCACAGCAGACCAACGGCACGGGCGACAACGGAGGCUGGGGAAGCGCCUCCAACGGCGGGAAUGGGGAGACGAAUGGGAACAGCGGCUGGGGCGACAGUGGCAAAGACGUGUCCAAGACGAAAGGCGGCUGGGACAACGAGAGCAACAAGGCCAACAACACCAGCGGCUGGGACGGUGACGCCCAGGCGGGAGAUGCUCCCACGGAGCCAGCUUCCCAGUGGGGAGACUCGGGAGAGACAGACAACUCCGCACCAAGCGUGGUCAACAACAACAAUGUCAUGCCCGGAUCCUGGGACGCUCCGGCGGCUGCGCCAGCUUGGGGUGACACGAGCAUGGCCGCAAGCACGAAUGGCAAGGUUGACGCACCUGGCUGGUAG